UAUCCAUUUCAAUUUCAACAAAAUUAAAACAACUUAUAAUUACCAACCAAAAUACACACCCACAUACAAAAAAUGGCACAAGUAGUGAGCAACAAAAGGGUAUUAUUAAAAGAUUAUGUUGUUGGGCAGACAAAAGAAUCAGACAUGAUCCUCAAAUCUGACACAAUCGAACUCAAACUCCCACAGGGAUCAAAUGGUGUUCUUGUUAAGCUUCUUUACUUGUCUAUUGAUCCUUACAUGCGUAGCCAGAUGUCCUACUCUGAAGACAAUUUUGUGCCUUCCUUUACUCCUGGUUCUCCUUUAAAGGGAUAUGGAGUUGCGAAAGUCCUCGAAUCGGGGCAUUCAAAAUUCAAGAAAGGGGACUUCGUUUGGGGACUAGUUGGAUGGGAGGAAUACAGCAUUAUUAAUGAUCCUGAGACUGAUUUAUUUAAGAUUGAAGAUAAUGAUGUCCCUCUUUCCUAUUAUACAGGAAUUCUUGGUAUGACCGGUAUUACUGCUUAUGUUGCAUUCAAUGAGAUUUGUUCUCCAAAGAAAGGAGAGUAUGUCUAUAUUUCAGCGGCUGCAGGUUCAGUCGGUCUGCUACUUGGGCAGUUUUCUAAGGCGAGAGGCUGCUAUGUUAUCGGGAGUGCUGGUUCAAAAGAAAAGGUUGACCUAUUGAAGAACAAAUUUGGGUUUGAUGAAGCUUUUAACUACAAGGAAGAGAAAGAUCUAGAUGCGGCUCUAAAGAGGUACUGUCCCAAAGGAAUUGAUGUUUACUUUGAAAACGUUGGGGGAAAGAUGUUGGAGGCGGUACUCUUAAAUAUGCGCUUAUAUGGGCGUAUUGCUGGUAUCGGGAUGAUCUCACAGCACAACGUUGUUGAAGAGGAGCCGGUGCGUUACCUGUUGUCUGUGAUCACAAAACGUCUAACCAUGAAAGGGUUUGUUGUGCACGAUCAUUAUGACUUGUUUCCAAAGUAUUAUGAAACGAUUUUACCCCUUAUUAAAAAUGGGACUAUACAAAACGUAGAAGACGUUUCCGAGGGACUUGAGAGUGCACCUGCAGCUUUAGUUGGAAUGUUUGCGGGCAAAAAUGUUGGGAAGAAAGUAGUAGCCGUGGCUCGUGAAUAAGGACUCGUGCAAAUGUUGGUAGAUAGGAGGUGUGUGUAUGCAUUUGCUAAAUGGAUUGAAGCUUGAGGGCCUGUUUGUUUUUGUAUUUAUUAAGUGUUGUUCAGUGUUGUUGUUUGCUAUGUGUUUGAAUAAAAAAUAUAUUAGUAACUUAUAAUUAAUAAAACAGUAUUUUUGUGA